ACUGUUAACAACCUCCUCACCACCAUCUGAUCUAUCUGGUUCUCUUCACAACAGGCUCGGAAGACAUCAUGAACCCACAAUGGCAGGCAGCACCCAAAUCCUAUGCUAUUCGUGAUUCUCGACAGAUGGUGUGGGUCCUGAGUGGAAAUUCUUUAAUAGCAGCUCCUCUUAGCAACAGUGUUAAGCCUGUCACUCUUCAUUUAAUAACCUGCAGAGACGCAGAAUUCAGUGAUAAGAAAAAGGGUAAUCUGGUUUACCUGGGAAUCAAGGGAAAAGAUCUCUGUCUCUUCUGUGCAGAAAUUCAGGGCAAACCUACUUUGCAGCUUAAGCUUCAGGCCUCCCAAGAUAAUGUAGGGAAGGACACUUGCUGGAACCUAGUUGGAAUUCACACAUGCAUAAACCUGGUUGUGAGAGGGAGCUGCUGCAUGGGAACCCUUGACCAAUGGGGAAUGGGAGUGGGUAGAGAGAAGUGGAAGAGUUCCCUUCAACAUCGCCACCUUAGAAAGAAGGACAAAGGCUUCCCAUCCAUGUGGACCAACAUAGGAAUGCCAGGAAGGACAUAGAAAUAAGAGGAGGAAGAUUCCCAUCUCUUCCAUCUUUGAGUGGGUUUGGUAUCAAGGAAAUGCUACAAAUGGAAUAAGUUGCAAAUUUUUCUCUUUUAUUGGGUUCUGGAGAGUUUGUAAAACAAGGACACUGUCUGUUUUUAAAGAGUUGGUAAAUCAUACCUGUAAAGCUAGAGAAGGUCGGAGUCUGUUUAGAAGUCAAUUUGGACUACAUAGCCUGUACAUGUGUUUUGUCCAGUCCUUAGAGCGUUUUUUUAAAAAUUGUAAAGUCAAGGUUUUCAUGAAAAAUGGGAAGAUCAGACAGUAUUGUUCCUGAAUUCCCACAGAGCAACAAGCUCCUAGAGCUCAGUCUGUUAUUUCUUUUCUUGAUGUAUAGGGGUUAAAUCCUGUGGAAGAAACAGCAGAAUUAUUCAAAAUUAUUUACAUAAUAUGCAAUUAUUCCCUAGAGCAUGAGAAGAGAAAAGCUCUGUUUAGUAUGUAUCAGUUAAAAGAAACACAUAUGAUUAAAAGUAAUUGAAAGACAUUUCUUCUUAAAACUUCUAGAAUCUUAUGCUAGUAAAAUAAACUAGUUUUUCCCAUGU